CCAUUCCCAACGCGCCCCAGACUCAGCCAGUCGCUCCCCAACAGCCAGGAGAGUGGAGAGUACACGUGCCACUGUCCCUUCGGCUACUUCGGGGGAACCUGCGAGCGGCGUGACCCGUGCGCGUCGAGCCCCUGCCUACACGGAAGCGCCUGUGCCAAUGUGACCGAUACAGACUUCACCUGUAACUGUACUGAGGGUUAUACAGGAGAGACUUGUGAGGUGAACAUAGACGAGUGCAGGAGCUCACCUUGUCUCAAUGGAGGAACCUGUGAGGAUGGAGUGGCCACAUUUUCCUGUACCUGCAUGGCCGGCUACACAGGUGCCCUCUGCCAAACGGAGAUCGACGAGUGCGCGCCGAGCCCCUGCAGGCGAGGAAGCUGCGUCGACAAGAUCGCUGACUUCGAGUGCGAGUGCCCGCGGGGUUGGGGCGGGAAGACGUGCGAUGUCGACCUAGACGAGUGUGCCUCCUCUCCGUGCCUCAAUGGUGGCACCUGCAUUGAUGGUGUGGAUGCCUUCGUGUGUACCUGUGCCCCGGGGUAUGUGGGCGGAGCUUGCGAAGUCCCAGAGUCGUGCCCCGCCCACACCACGGUCCUGGACACGGGCGAGUUCCACUGGCCCGCGACCCGCCACGGACAGGCGGCCGCCCUCUCGUGCACGUACGGCCUCAGAGCGACCAUCGCCGCGCCCCCGCCGGCAGCGAGGCCCGCCACCACCGCCGAGCCGCCCCCUGCGGACGCGUCCUCGGGGGCGUCGCACGAGUCCUCGGCUCUCAUGUCCUUGGGGGAUAUGUCCCUUGAGUACGAGGAGGACCUCGACUCGAGUCCGACGCUGCAGCCGCACUCGGACGAGUUCACGACGCAGGCGGAGUGGCAGGGCGGCCGCUUCCGCAUCAGCAGGCGGACGCGCGACGUGGCGGCGCACGCGGGCAACUUCGACUUCUCGCGCGGCCCCGCCUUUCACAAGGACAACCCCGGAUCGAGACGACGUCUCGUCACGUCCCACCUGCGAGGCGCCGUCACGAGGCGCGCGGGCCGGAGGCUGCACCGGAAGAGGCAGCCGACGCAGGAGGAGGGCGCCCCGGACGACGCCAGGCCAGGACCCCAGGGAUUCCAGCCGCUCAGGGGGAGGCCGCGUAUGAGGGGCUUCCGGGCGCAGAAGCAGGCGCCGGUAGCGCAGCCCCGUAUCGGAGAGGGGGCCGGCGGCAGCCCCCCGAGGAGAGGGCGCCAGUUCGUCAGCCCCCCCGGCGACCUGCCAAGGAUCGGAGAGGCUCCUGAUCCGGCCAGGAUCGGAGACGCGUUCGCCGAACAGCCGAGGAUUGGCGCGAGGAUGGCUGAGCAGUCGAGAGGAGGUACCGAGGUCAUUGAGGAUUAUCCAAGGAUUGGGGAAAGUGCGUCUGAUCGCCCCAGGAUUGGGGAGAGCCUAUCCGAACAUCCGAGGAUUGGGGAGAGCAGAGCAGAGCAUCCAAGGAUUGGGGAGAGCCAAUCCGAGCCCCCUCGAAUCGGCGAGAGCCAGCCCGAGCCUCCGAGGAUCGGCGAGAGCGCCUCCGAGCCUCCGAGCCUGGGCGAGAGGCCGUCGCAGCGCCAGAGACUCGCCGGAGGAGCGCGCGAACUGCCCCGAAUUGGCGAGACCCUCUCUGGCCAGUCGCAGGAGAGGUUCCCCCGCCGUCAGAGUCUCGGCGAAAAGCUCCACGGCGGUUCAGAACCCGGCGCAGAGUUAGAUGUGGAACCGCAGGCCGUCAGGUCGAAGGACGGACCUCCUCCAGGGGCCAGUUCGCCAGAAAGAACCGCUGCCCUCGAACAAAGGCAAUCCCGGGCCUCCAGCGCCAGCGUCGGAUCCCCGAGAGCCAUCCCCGUGUUCGGUUCGGAAAUUAUGAAGAUCCAGAAAGCCGACACACACGACCCGACGACGCCCACGACGCCGCCGACCGUUGGCUCGGCCAAAAGCCACGUCAAAGUGGGCGCCGUUCGGGCCUGCGUGCUGCUCCCCAACGGCACCGUCGCGUGGCAGGAACCAGACACGGAGAUGUGCCGCGGGAAGGAGGCGCAGGCGGCGGAGAACGCGGCCAUGUCCAUCGCGACGCUCACGGCCUCGCCCGCCACCGUCAGCCCCGCCUUGUUCACGAGGGCGGCCAAGGAGCUCGCCAAGCUGGUCGAACACGCGCUCCACGACAGGGCGGUGGCCAAGAACAUGGUGUCUGCAAUCAGCAACAUGAUGGAGGUGAACGACUCUGUGGUGGCCGAAGGGGACAAGACGAGCAACAUCACGCAACAGCUGGUCAACACCAUCAACAGCUUCACCGAGAGCGUCCCUCUGGAGCUCGGGGAGAAAGUGGAGUUCAGGUCGAACAACUUGGUGGUGGAGGCCCGGAUGUUGAGGUCGGGCGCCAGCGAUGCGGUUUUGUUUCAGCCGCAACUUCAGGACACUUCAGCUUCGAGGAGAAAACGAGAAGUCAACGCAUCUGAGACAAGUCAGGCAAAGGAAUCGUACCUCAAGCUCCCUCCGGCCGUCCUCUCGAUGGCGACUGGCGAGAGCGUGAGGCUGGAAUUCGUGUCCUUCGGGAACGACAAAUUCUUCCGUGGCAGCCGUCCGUUGGGAAUGCCCGUGAUCACCGCACGAAUCACGAACACGACCGUGAAGAACCUGUCCGAGCCGGUGACGUACACGAUCGCCGAAGCCAACACGAACGUAAACGAAUCCCUGUUUCGGCCAUCUUGUGUUUUCUGGGAUGAUGCAGCCCAAGAUUGGUCGAGCGCCGGCAUGGAGACCCAGACGGUGGGCGGAGUCACGACCUGCCACGCCUCCCACCUGACGGCCUUCUCGGUGCUGCUCGACCCGAUGCCCUCCGCUCUGGGUAUUCACGAGAGGAUCCUGUCCAUCAUCACCUACGUCGGGUUGGCGCUCAGCACGGCGGGGCUGGCGGCCACGGUGGCCACGUAUGCCAUCUUCAGGACUUUGAACCGUGAUAGGAGCGGCAAGAUCGUGAUGAACCUCUCCUUGGCGCUGCUGCUUCUCAACUGCGUGUUCUUCAUCACGACGCAAGUGAAGCCGACGUCCAUUGCCUGCACUGCCCUGGGAGCCGCGCUCCACUACCUGGUCCUCGCUGCCUUCGCCUGGAUGUUAGUCGAGGCUGCCAACAUGUACCAGCUGCUCAUCACCGUCUUCGCUUCGGCCGAGACGCACUUCAUGGCCAAGAGAGUGGUCGGAGCCUGGGGAAUUCCCUUGCUGGUGGUCGUGACUGCAUUGGCGGUUGACUACAGAGUUUACCAAGACGAAGUGAGGGAUAUUUGUGUCAUCAACCCGAGGCAUAAUAUUAUUGUGUAUUAUGCUGCGUAUAUGGGACCCAUCUGCUGUGUGCUUGCCGUCAACUGCGUCGUGUUUGUGAUGGUGACCCGCGUGCUUUGCCAGAGGCGCCCUCGGUCCCACAAGCCUCACUCUUCUUCAGUCACCCCUAAAAAGGAAGGCCCCGUGACCCUGGCGCAGGUGCGUGGCGCCGUGACGGUGGUGGCGCUGCUGGGCGUGACGUGGGUCGCGGGCGCCGUCAGCAUCGGGUGGGCGCGCCUCACGCUGCAGUACAUCUUCUGCAUCACCACACCGCUGCAGGGCCUGAUCAUCUUCGUGGUGCGCGUGGCCCAGCACCCCGAGGCGCGCGCUGCCUGGAUAGCCCUGCUGACCACGGGCACGCUGCGCAGGCGCCCUCCGACCACGCACACGCACUCCACGCACUCCUCGGCGCACACGCACUCCACCACCUCGACGCCGCCGCGCAACCACCACUCGUCGGCGCGCACCGUGUCCACGCGCGCCUCGCCGCUCAACUCGGUCAAGAAGUCCUCGUCGGCCGUGCGCAACGGCUCCACGAGGCACGCCAGGGGCGCCAGCAAGAACGGCAGCGUGUACAGGUGCGCCUCCGGCACCACGGACUCGUCCUCCAGGAACUCCGGCAUGGGCACGCUCCUGUCGCGCAUCGUCAGCCGCCUGAACAGCGGCGGCCUCGAGCCCCACGGGUCGCCGAGGGCGGAGCACGGCACGGUGGAGUCCUCGGCCUCCUCCAAGACGGCGCUGCAGACGAUGCCGACGGGCUGCUCGCAGGCGAACCUGUCUCCCCAGCUGUACGAGAGUGAGGCAUUUUUUAGUCAGGCCCUGCUGGACGAGAGCUACUACCAGCACAGCACCAUGAACGGCCACGCGCAGAGGCCGCACUCCCUCGUCAUGCUCCGGACGGAGAGCCACGGAGGCGCGGCCAAGGGCCCGCCCCCCGUCGCGCCGCCGCCCUUCGCCGGCUCCCAGAUCCCCGCCCUCCUGUCGCCGAACCAGCAGCUGCAGACGCUCCUGAAUGCCGGCGUGCCCCCGGCCAUGAUCCCGAGGCGGUCCCUGGGCUCCCUCAUGCUCCUGGGCGAGGGCAAGGAAGGGGACGACUCCUCGUGGCACUUCGUCAGGCCGCCCCCCGACGGCCGCAGCGACCCCAUGGACAACGACUUGGCCUUCGACGAGCGGAACGGCGGCGCCUUGCACGCCCCGACGGCCUUCAGUCGCACAGCCGUCGUGCAGACUUCCAGGAGGCGGGUGACGACGGUGACGGCGGCGACGGAGAGCGGGUGCGUGGUGCUGGCCGGCCAGAGAGUGGCGACCAGGGCUUCCCCGAUCAUCAUGGCCGACGAGGGGAAGGAGGCAAGCCCCUUCUCGGCAUUAAUCAGAGCCAACAGCGAAAUGCAGAUGGGUUCGCCCGCCGUAGACGCAGCGACGCUCCGGCGAACCGCUUCCGUGUACAUGCUGGGCGAAUGGGAGGACCCGAGGUCGUCGCAAGCUUGAGUUCUCGGAGUCCUCAGCAUUCUUAGAAAGUUCAUGUUCUUCAACAUCUGAAAAAAGUUCAAGUUCUAAAACUUCUCCAAGUUCUAAAAGUUCUAAUAGUCCUCCGUGUCCUUCAAGUCCUUCCAGUUCUGAAAAAUUCUUAAGUUCCGUUACCACUUGAAUCCAAAGACUGUGUCCCGCUGACGGGAAACUCACAGAAAAGACAAUACAGAUAAUUGCCUUGUGAGCGGAUGUGUACGUGUGUGUGUGUGUGUGUGCGUUCCUGGUGGUCUUGUUUCCACGCGUACAUGUGUAUGUCUGCGAGACAGAACUUUAUAUAUGAAGUAGAAUAGUUUUUUUUUCUUUGGAGUGUAACAAAGGCAGGUCAUACCAAAAUAACAAAUGUAAACUAGUCAUAAUACUAGAACAAGAUCAUUAGUUUAAAUUGAGUGUCAUUCCAGGAAAGCACAUUUGCAAGUAAUCAGAAAUCGGCAAAAGUGAUUCGAACUUUAAAAUUGACAAGGUGACAAGGUCACAGACAAUAUCGAUUGGGAUUUUAUUUCAUUAAAGGAUAUUUAAAGAAAAAAGAAAAAAAUUUAAAAAGGUGUUAUAAAGAUAGUCAUCGAUGCCGGUGUUGCAUGUUACAAUAUGAAGUUGACUGUACUGUGUUCUGAUUACUUCUGGACUGCCAAGGCUUCGCUGAAAUGCCGAGACCCCUCAUACCUAGUAUUAUUUUUCAAACCAUUUUUAUAGCCAAAUAUGUGAAAUAAUGAGUAUAAGAUUUACUUUAAUACAAACACUCCUAACUCAGUUUUGGCCAUAGCAAUUUUUUUAGUCAUAUUAUAGACGGUAGAGCAGGAACUAUAGUUUGUAAGAUGAAUUAAUGAAAGCCAUAACGUUAUGUAACUUGACUAUAUAGUUGUUGUUACCAUAGACGCCGUCAGGAAACUCAGUAGAUUUUGCUAUUUCACAUUUCGAAUUCAGAUUUUGAGGUCUGUUGUACAUAGAACGUUUUUUUUUUUUGGGGGGGUGGGGAUCUUCAAUGCGAUUUUUGGAGCAGUCUUUUAUACGACUCGUAUUCCUGAUAAAUAUAAAAAAAGACAUUAAAAUACUAAAGAUUUUCAGGGUCAACAACAUAAAAAAGAUUACAUGGUCGCAGCAUGUACCUCUCGUCCCGACUCUGCAGUAAGACUGAGUUUUCACGUGUAUAUGAAUGUAAAUAUAAAUAUAUAUAUAUGUACGUUUGUCUCGUCGUGAGUAUAAUCAAAAGAGUAAACUAAUUCAGUGUGCAUUUUUUUAGCAUCUGACCAGAAACUAGUCUCUGUUAAGCCUGAACAAGAACAUAGUUGUUAAGGCUGAUGAACAUAGUGUGUGUUCCGAGGCAGUAGAGUAUCUAGGCAAUGGUAACGUUUUUUGCGAGAUUUUGCGAGUUUUUGCGAGGUCCCGUAUACACAUGAUAGUAAAUAUUGGGCCUACCUUUGAAUAUUUAUUCGAAACGCCUUGAAAAAAGUAGUGAUGGGAUAAAAAAACAAAAAAGAAGAAAUAUUUAUGGUAAAUAAGAAGUGUAUUUAUUUAAAGAGAGAGAGAAAAAAAACAGAUUAUGUUUAGUGAUAUUUAGUUGUUUUAUAUAAAUAAUGUUUUGUUAUGUUCUGUUGAAGUUAUUGGUGUUCAAUAGCUUUCCACAUUGCCAAGAAAGAACUACUGUGUCCAUAAUUAUAUGAAUAUUCUGCCUAUGAGAAUAUUGUACACAAUAAAUAUUAUGAUACUGGUAA